CCUGCAGUCCUUCACUGAAGGUUUGAUCCUGCUCUUCUACCUGGUCUUCUACCUGUUCCUGGCCGGGAUGUUCAUCCUCACCAUGUACAUCAUGCUGCUGACGCUGGACGACUACAAACCCACCUGGCAGGACCGCCUGGCCACUCCAGGUAUGAUGAUUCGUCCGAAGGGUGAUCAGCUGGAGAUCACCUUCUCCAUCUCAGAGACGGAGAGCUGGGACGGUUUCAUCCAGAACCUGAACACCUUCCUCUCCCCAUAUAACGACAGCUAUCAGGUUCAGACCAAUGAUAACUGCCCUCCGGAUCAAUACUUCAUCCAGGAGGACAGCGGAGAGGUCAGGAACAACCCGAAGCGCUCCUGUCAGUUUAACCGGACAAUGCUGGAGGAGUGUUCUGGGAUAUCUGAUCGUUUCUAUGGUUACAGCACUGGUCAGCCCUGCGUCCUCAUCAAGCUGAACCGGGUCAUUGGUAUGUUGCCGGGGAAGGACGGUCAGUCUCCGUAUGUCACCUGUGGAGCAAAGAGGUACAAAGUGGACAAAGAUGACUGGAGGGAGGACGGUGAUAAGAUGGGACAGCUCGCAUAUUAUCCUCCUAAUGGAACCUUCAACCUGAUGUACUACCCGUACUACGGCAAGAAAGCUCAGGUGAACUACACUCAGCCACUGGUCGCCGUGAAGUUCCUGAACGCCUCUGUGAACACGGACAUCAACGUGGAGUGUAAAAUCAACUCCAACACUCUGACUGAAGGAAGCGAGAGGGACAAGUUCGCCGGACGGGUUUCUUUCAAACUACGGAUCAACGAAAAAUAGACACACACACACACACACACACACACACACACACACACACACACACACACACACACACUCACACACAUUAAAGCUGCACUCUGUAACGUUUGGGUCCGUCGUCACCCUCCCUCCGUUCAGGCCUCAAACACACCGCGCGUCGUCGUUUCCAGCUUCAUGAUGCGUUCGCUGACCGUCUGAAUUAUCAGUUGUCUGUAGUUCCCUGUGUCGUCGUGUAAACUCUGAUAGGUUUUGUGUUUUUCCCCUGAUGUGAUUUAUUUCUCGUGUGUGUGCGACGGCCUCAGAGCAGCUUUAACUCAAUCACUGAUUGGUCCCUGAAUCCGACCAAUCAGCACACACACACAGGCUGUGACAUCACUGCGAGGAGAAACGACAGAUCUUCACCUCCGUCACCUCCAUCCGCCGCAUGAGAGCAAAUAAUCGAUCGCACAGCUGACGUGUUCACUGAUUUAUUUAUUACUCCUUUAUUUAUUAUUUAUUACUUAUUUAUUUAUUUAUUUAUUUAUUUGUUGGUGAUAAAAAUGUCUGACCUCUGAUUGGUGUCUGUAAGUGUACGCAGGCUCCUGAUUGGCUGUCCUGUUUGAGACGUCCUUCGGAUCCUAGUUAGCUGGAGUGAUCGGAAACAACAACAACAACAACAACAGAGACCAGUUUGAAACUUCAUCCAAUCAGACGCUAGCGUUAGUAUCCAUGGCAACAGCACUUAGUGUGUGAUGUCACAGCUCUUCCUGUUUUGGUUGGUUGUGGUUCGUUCUUUAGAAACCCGAUCCUUAGAGCUCUUAACGAGGGACUCCUUUUAGUUAACGAGUUAGCCGCUAAGUUAGGAAGUCGUUAGUCGGUUUGUUUUCGUUUACCUGUUGAUUUGUUUACGUGUUUGUUUUGUUUACAUCUUUAAUGUGGGGCUCAGCAUGACAACACACACACACACACACACACACACACACACACCUGUCUCCUCACCUGUCAAUCACUCUAUCGUGCCACGUGGAAACGCCCCUCCUCACCUGUACUGCUCUCCACCAAUCGUCUUCCUUUAAAGAGCGGCCAGCCAAUCAGGCGGUCCUUCUGUAUGAUGUCAUAUGAUACUUGUUUGUGAAUGGUUGAUUUCUCCUGCCUGAAAUAACCCUGUGUUUAACAACAAAUAAACAACAACGCUAAACAAAAUACAACAACGA